UAGAGUGCGUGAUAAAGGUGGGCGCUCUGAUUGGAGAAGGGCCGCUGUGGGAGGAGUCCCAAAGAACGCUGAUGUUUGUCGAUAUCGCCGGGCAGAAAAUCCACCGCUGGAGGCCAACGACCAAUCAGAGCGAGUCUGUGGAGACAGCGGACUUCGUGAGCUUCGUGGUUCCUCGUGUCUCUGGGGGUUACCUGGCAGGCAUGGGUCGCAGCAUCGUGGCUGUUGAAUGGUCGACUCAGAUGAUGACAUCACUGGUGGAGCUGGACGAGGACAAACCGAACAACCGUCUGAACGAUGGGAAGGUGGAUCCGAGAGGACGCCUGCUGGCAGGUACAAUGGGGAGGGAGAAGCGACCGGCGGAGGUUCAGAGACAACAAGGGUCUCUAUUCUCUGUGACCUCUGACCUCUCUGUGACCAAACACCUGACACAGGUGGACAUCUCUAACGGGAUGGACUGGUCUCUGGAUCAGAAAACGUUUUUUUACAUCGACAGUUUGUCUCUGACCGUCGACGCUUUCGACUACGACUCAGACUCUGGACGUCUCGGUAACCGGCGUGUUGUGUACCACCUGGCCGAGGGGGAGGGGCUUCCUGACGGGAUGACGGUGGACGCGGACGGUCGUCUCUGGGUGGCGAUUUAUAACGGAGGGCGAGUGCUCAACAUCGACCCCGAAACCGGUGUGUGUCUGCAGACUGUUUCUCUGCCGGUGACAAAGACCACUUCCUGUUGUUUUGGGGGUCCGGACUUCUCCGCUUACGUGACCUCAGCCAGUCUUGGCCUGGACCAAUCAGAGCGGAGGAAGCAGCCGCUGGCCGGGGGGGUCUUCAGGGUCUCAGGACUUGGGGUCAAAGGUCGUCCCUCAGUCUCGUUCUCUGGAUAAACCUCAGCUGUCUCAAAUCAUUGACUCUUAUCACAUUAUGAUAAACUGUGAUCUAUAUACGGAGGCAGCCAAUCAGAGAGGAGGACACUGUGACAGCCAAUCAGAGAGGUGGACACUGUGAGAGCCAAUCAGACUGGAGAAAUUAUACCUAUUUUAUGUAACUUUGUAUAAUAAUGAAGAUAAUGAUCUGCAGCUGAGGAUUAUGGGUAAUGUAGUGAAUGUAACCACACCAAUGAUAAAUCAGUUUGAAAUAAAGAGAGCGUCUCGUAGACACGGUGCGUUUAUUGACACAAAGUGCAGAACAACACAACAACAACAACACGCCUAGAAAAUGUUUCUGUACACGUAGAAAACUUUGUGCUGUAAGUCUUUAUGGGGGGGGGGGGGCUACACAAAUACCCCUUUUAAUUUAUUCAGAAACAAAAGUCCUUUAUUCACAUUUAUCAGGAUGUGUUUUCCUGACGGAUCAGAUCCGGUUUUCAUUCUCAGACUUUAUCUUAUGAUUAAUAUUUGCUGUUUUAAUAUUUACAGUUUUAAAUACGUAGUUAUUUCCUAAUGUCUUUGUUAUUAAAGUCCUUGCUGUGUGAACCUGUCA